AUGCCGCUCUGUCUCACCUUCCUCCACUUGAUGAAGGAUUUCGACCCAGUUGAGACGGAAGCGGUCAUGGAAGCCUUCGACAACCAAGGCGUCCCUACUCAGCAUAAAGCCACCCUCGAGAACGCAAUGCAACAGUUGGAAAGGGAGAGUGAAGGUGGUGGUUGGCAGCUAAACUAUUUGCGCACUGCUGAUGACAUCGUUCAAAUAACAUCUAGCAUCAGUCAAGCGGAACGAAUGCUGACCGAAUUUGACGAAACAUGUGGAUGCAUCGGUCUUCAUCUGCAAAAGACGAUAUUCAUCCGUAACGGAUGGGUCUCGGAUGCCCCAUACACGCUCAACGGAACGAACAUAUCCAAGUGCACCAGCUACGUUUAUCUGGGUCGGAAACUGAACAUGAUGAAUGACCUGAACCCCGAGCUGGGCAGGAGGAGACGAGCGGCUUGGGGAGCGUACAAGAGCAUCGAGGAUGUAGUGAAGAAUACCAAGAACACCCGGGUUCGUGCUCACCUUUUUAACACCACCGUACUUCCUGCUUUGACCUAUGCUUCGGAAACCUGGGCAUUUCGCAAGAAGGAAGAAAACGCGGUGAGCGUCACUGAAUGCGCAAUUGAGAGAGUGAUGCUAGGAGUAUCCCACCUCACGCAAGUGAAUGACGGGAUUCGAAGCUGUCUCCUACGUCAGGGAUCGAAGAAUAGAGACACCUCCGCGUUUGCCAAGGAAAGAAGAAUAAGUUGGGCCUCACACGUGAUGCGCUUUAACGACAAUCGUUGGACCAGAGCGAAAGCCGGCCUAGAUGUUGACGUUUUCAACGUAUUAUCCGUCGGUAAGGCAUAUCCACUACUGAGUAAAGCUGUUCGUUAUGGCACACCAUCGGUCAACAAUAUCCUGACAAUCCUCUAA